UCUCCAUCAAGAAGAAGCUGCUUCUCUCUUUCCACAAACUCUCGUCAGCCACCCACACAUAAAUACAUAUCUAAUUUAUAACACUCACUAAACAUUUCACUUUCAAGAUAUUUUGUUUUUAUUUUUGUUUAAUCUUCUUACGUGAGCCAAAGAGAGCGUUUCAGGAUGGAACUAAUUAGGCCGAGAAUGCUCAAAGACUGCCUCUUGGAAGAUUCAAAUUCAUGUUCAUCAAAUGGGUUCAAAUCUAUGCCCAGAAGGCCUCCUCUCAACCCCUUCCCAAUGAUACCAAAGAAGAAGAAACAAUCCAGUGCAUUGCGGGUUGUGAUUAAUGCCGUUAAGAACCUCAGUUCCAACGCCAUUAAAUCCACUCCAUCAGGAAUUUUACCAAGGAGCCUUUCUCGGCGGCUAUCAUCAUCGAAGAACAAAGCAGAGAACAAAGCAAACAUCACCACCAUCAUUCGAGUCAAAGACAUCGUACGGUGGAGCUCCUCCAAGGACCUGCUGCAUGAAGACACAUCACAUUUCAAACCUCAUCAGUACACGUGCACGACCAAGACAAUCACAGGAUCAUCCACGGGCAGCGACACAUCCUCCAGCAGCUGGUGCGACUCGGAUUUUACGUCCGAGUUUUUACCGUCAGCAUGGGGAGGUAACGUUGAAAAAGAGGAAGGUGGUGAAAACCACAAGUUACAAUGUGUCGGCGAAGAUUCUUGCACAGCAGUAACAGACGCCGACACUGUAGUGGGACCUGAGGACUUACAGUGUGAAGAGGAGCAGAACAGUCCAGUCUCCGUUCUUGAGAUACAACUUGGGGAAGAUGACGAAGCAUCAAACUCUUCUUUCAGUCAAUGCCUUGAUAACGUUGAAAGAACCAAACAAAAGCUCAUGGAAACGAUUCAACGGUUUGAGAAUUUGGCCAACAUUAGUCCUUUCAAUUUAGAAGAAUGGGGUGAGGAAUCUUGCAAGGAUGAAAGUUGUGACACAGAGAUUGAAGAAGAUGAAGAUGACAUUGAUGAGGUUGAAGAGAAGGCAGCUGAGCUAUGGGAACGAGUCAAAGAAAGACAUGCCAUUUGGAUCCACGAAGAACAUCUGAUAAUGGACUAUUUCAGAGAUGAAUUGAUGCAGAGAACAAACGAAACUCAUCAUCAACACUUUGAGGAGCAAUUGGUGGGGAAGGCAAAAGGAUGGUUACAGGGACAGAGAGUAUCAGAGCUUGAAUGCGGAACAGGUGAGCAGAGGAGACAAGCAUGUGCUAGAGAAAUUGAAAGACUGGACUGGAACGAGAAACGGAUGAAGGAGGAGCGUGAAGAGGUGGCUGUGCAGGUCGAGGAUGGACUCUUCAGCCUCUUAAUGAAUGAAACUUUAAAUGCACUCUUCGAACAACCUGAACAGAGCAGCAAGUAGAAUCAAUGGUUAGCCUCCUACAUGCUCUGUCAACCAGCUUCUAAAGCACAAGAAACCUGUGAAAGGAGAUAGAUGCAGCUCUAUCACCCUCAUUCAGGUAACUUGAGCUUACCUAGAGAUCAGCAGGCAGCAACAGUUUUGAUUAGGGUUGAGUUUAAGCCCC